AAGGCUGCUACCUGGAUCGAGCGUGUCUGAAACUGAAAAAUGGCCACAAUUUCAAGUACUCUCCAGCUAACUUUCUUCCUAUCAAUACCCACUAAUUCUUCUUCAUCUUCCUCAACUGGGUCUACUGCAUAUUUCUCGAAGCUCAAUUCUAAGUUUCUGGGUAGCCCAAGAACGAAAACUCUAGGAUGGUUCAGACCCACAACAAGACUUGGCCCAAGCUCUGGUUCAAGAACCACGUGCUGGUUCAGGUUUGGCAAAAAUGGAGUUGAUGCUGAAGGUGCCGGAAUUUACGGUAGCCAGACCCGUGAUGAUUAUGACCGUGACGAUGUUGAACAGUAUUUCAAUUAUAUGGGCAUGCUAGCUGUGGAGGGUACAUAUGAUAAGAUGGAGGCCCUUUUGAAUCAAAACAUCCACCCAGUCGACAUCUUGCUGAUGAUGGCAGCCUCGGAGAGCGACAAGCCGAAGAUUGAAGAAUUGCUAAGAGCUGGAGCUGAUUACACUGUCAAAGAUUCAGAAGGCUGUAGUGCCCUUGAAAAGGCAGCAAGUGAUGAAAUCAAGGACUUCAUUCUUGGAUUUGCAACUAUGAUUGUAGAGUUCAAGACAUAGUUCACUCUACAGUUAGUAAGCUCGAUAGAAUAUGCAAAACCAAGGUUCAAGUCAAUAGACACCUAAGCUUGUAUGAUUUCUACCGUACUACAAAGUAAUAUUUUCAUUUAUCUUAUUUCUUUCAUAUGGGGGAU